CCCGCCGCCCACACGCCUCGCUCCCUUCUCGCCGUGGGUGCACCACCCCUCCUCCUCCUCUCUCUCGGUCUCGGAGCGCCGUCGCGAGCGAUUCCGUCCCGGAGGCGCAGCCCCGCAGAUACGGGGCCGGGAGCACCGAUUUGGAGGGCACGCUGGGCUGCGGCGAGGAUCGAUCGCCGGGGCGCAUGUACGGGCAGCGCCACAGCGGGCUGCCCAUGGGCGACGACGGAGCAGCAUCCUGAUGCCCCUGCUGCUGCUGCUUGGUGUUCACUAGCCCUUGUAUGGCCCUUCUUGGUGCUGCCCUCUUACCACGCUGCAAAGAUCACAGCCUGCAGCUGCUGCUGCUGCUUGCGCCGCCGCCACCGUCGCCGCCGCUUCUUUCUCUUGCUCUACUUGGUUAUCCGAAAGCUCAGUGAACCAGGCUAGCUGUUGCAAUGCAACGUCCUGGAGAGGAAAUUUGCAGGCUCAAGCUAUGGGACAAGGGCCAGGUGUUUGCUGCUACCGAGAACCUCCAAAGGUCCAUUGAGCAGACCCCCUACUCGAUCCAGGCAGACACCAUCGUCUGCUGUUUCUCCCUCAGCAGGUGCCACUCCCAAAGCAGCAGCUAUGACGGUUAUGCAUCUAGUGAUGGCGGCGACAAUCCAACUCCAACCAGCAGCAACGUGCGGCAGCUUCACUAUCCGUCACAUGCCCACAUGGACCCUGGGCAUGUCCAGCUUAUCUUACCAGGCUCUAUGACCCUCCUAGAGGAUAUUUUCCACAAUUAUGAAGUGACAUUCGGGCCUGGCUACAAGGAAAUUCUACUCCAAGCCUUCUCGGCCAACUCAGACAAAUUGUGCAGUUUUUUCUAUGAAGCGGAUAUCCCAUGGAUUCUUCGUAGAAGCACAAAGAGUUUCAAGGAUCCUUCUGAGUGUACAGAAGAAUUGAUCACCAUGUUGAAAGUCAAUACCCAAGUCCUCUGUUUAAUGCAACAGCAGUUAUGUGAGCAGAGUCGACCAUUUGAGGAAUUAAAAAUAGGCUACUUCAACCAGUUUGCAAAGUGUCAUAUCAAGAAGCUCUUGGACAUUGCAGUUUGUCUUAGUGAGACAGUGUGGUCUGCCACUCAUAUUUGUCCCAUGCUGCUUGCCUAUGAGGCACUUAUGGAUGUCCUUCCUCUUAUUCAAAAGUUUGCUUCCAGCGAAUCUGGUGAUUUCUUUUCCAUUAUUUUACGCAACAUGAGGGAAGCUUUCAGGAAGUUAAUUGGCCAUAUCAAGCACUUCAUACAGUCCAAUAUGGAAAAGCAUCAGGAUGACGUUGCCAUUCAUCCAAUGACAUGUUUCCUCAUAUGCUCAAUGAAAUCCUUCGGGAGCCACAGAAAUUUAGUGCAAUCCACUCUAGCCCCUGGUGACAACUCCAGCUCAUUUGGCCAUCUUCUGUAUGAUGUGAUUACUUGCUGGAAGUCUGUGCUCACUGAACAUUCAAACAUAUACCGUGCGGAUCUGCAGCGGCAAUACAUUUUCUUAUUGAACAACGCAUAUCAUUUCAAUACAAAGACAGACGGUCUGUUGGAUUUGCUGCUAUCAGAUACGCAGAUUAUUAAGCAGCAUGAUGACGAGUUCAAGCUACUCUUCAGGAAGUGGAUUGAUAGUUACACAGAAGAGGCUUGCACUCCAGCCAAGUCUUGUUUGAACCCCAACUGUUGGUGGGGCAGUCAGCGCCGGUCCCUGGUUGCAUUUACUUCAAAAUUCAACAAGACGUUUGAUCGUCAGAAAACUUGGAAGGUUCCCGAUGUUGUGCUACGGCAGGUACUAAAAGAUCGUAUACAGGAUUGCAUUCUGCCAGACUACAGAAGGUGUCUUGAGAACUGUUUGAGUUCAGGACUGUUUUGUUCAUGUCUGCAGAUAGCUUCAGCAGGAGCAGGAUAUAUAUAUACCACAGAGACUUUAGAAACGACAGUGCAGGGCUUCUUUGAAGGAUAAACUGCCCAUCCUAGCUCUCUCUCUCUCUCUCUCUCUCUCUCUCUCUCUCUCCCUCUCUAGAUGGAGCUCCAUUUCUCUUUGUUGUUCUAGCAACUGUGAAUAAUUGUAAUUAUAUAGCUUAGAUUACUAGAAGAACAAUACAUAUUAUAUCAGGAAUAGGGCUCCUCUGUACUUGCACCUGCGAUUGAGGAAGAAACUUGACAUGGAGUUGAAGGUAGUUUUCAUUAA